GUGCGCCUCCUGCUUGUUUGUAAACGAGCCAUCCGCCUGCAGAAGAAGGUGGGCAUCAGGAGAGAGAAGGGGCUUUUAAUGAUUUUAUUUAUGGUGGUAUUUCUGACGGCGCGGCUCCCUUUCCUGCACGAUGUUCCAGCCCCCGGUGUUCUUCCAAGACGCGGUCCAGGCGCCGUGCGGCAUGAAGGAGGAGCGUGAGGAGGUCCGGCUGUCGGACUGCGGAGUUAGUGGAGUUAAUGGAGUUAAAGCGGAGGAGUCUGAGAUCUGCAUAGGCGCCGCGGAUGGCAUUGAAGUGCAUGUGAAGGAUGAACCAGAAGAGCAGACCUUGUCUGAGGAGACGCCACAAUAUGCGGAGUUUGGUGAAGAAAUAACUAAUCAAAGCUUUCAAAGCAUCAUCUUUUCACCCAACUUCAGCACUAACCAAGAGAAGCACGCCGACCUGAAGUGUUACCCCUGCCCUCAUUGUGAGAAAAGCUUCUCUCGACCACAGUUUUUAAAAACUCAUCUGAGGACACACACGGGAGAGAAGCCCUACCUCUGCUCAGAGUGUGGCAAGAGCUUUUCCCAUCAGGCUUCUUUAACAGGUCACCUGAGAACACAUACGGGAGAGAAGCCUUAUCAGUGCUCUCAGUGUGGAAAGAGUUUUUCCCUUUCAGGCUCUUUAAAACUACACGAAAGAAUACAUACCGGAGAGAAGCCGUACCAUUGCUUCCAGUGUGGGAAGAGUUUUUCUAGACAGGAGUUCCUGAAAAAGCAUCAAAGAAUGCAUUCGGGGGAGAAGCCGUUCUCUUGUGCCGAAUGCGGGAAACGGUUCUCGCAUCCGAGCUCGUUGAAGGAUCACGAGGGGCUGCACACUGGAGAGAAGCCGUACAGCUGCUCUGACUGCGGGAGGAAAUUUUCUCAUCCCAGCUCGCUGAAGGUUCACGAGAGGAUACACACGGGAGAGAAGCCGUACCACUGCACCCAGUGCGGCAAGAGCUUUUCUCAUCUCCCGUCACUGAAAAUCCAUGUCAGAAUUCAUACCGGCGAGAAGCCGUACCCGUGUUCGCUGUGCGGAAAAAGCUUCUCGCACGCGGGUUUAUUGAAAAGUCACCAGAGGAUGCACACGGGAGAGAAGCCUUACCACUGCACUCAGUGUGGGAAGAGCUUUUCGCAGUCAAGUGCUUUAAAGGUUCACCAGAGAAUACAUACUGGAGAGAAGCCUUAUCAGUGCUCGCAGUGUGAGAAGAGCUUUUCUCAUCCCGGUUCUCUAAAAGUUCAUGAGAGGAAACACACUGGAGAGAGGCCCUACGAGUGUGAUCAGUGUGGGAAGAGUUUUCUCAGGUUGGGGUACUUAAAGGAACACCAGAAAAGACACGAGGCGCUGAAACAAAAGAUUUCCGUCUAAAGGCAGGUUCUUCAUGCAACUUGUAGAAACGUUUAUUUAUAAUCUUCUUGUCUGAAGCCGUUUUUUUUUUUUUUUGAGUUUGCUCGUGGACUGUGUGUCGAUCAGAACUGGGUCCUAAAGCGUUCAAAAUACCUGACAGCAAUAAUGUGUAUUGAAGGCUCGUUUCUCUGCUCAGAUUUCACAUUUUUGUCUUCAUAAUCACUUAUCACAAACACUAAAUUGUGAAAUGUGUUUUCUACCAUAAUAAUGUAAUGAAUGACAUGAAAAUGUGUCUUAAAAAAUCAGCGUUUUAUUUCUCAACUGCUGCUGUGUUAAUGUUUUCAUUAAACGGUCACUCUAGGGAUCAGAUAAUGUAACGACAGUACAGGUGACAGUACAGGUUUCUGUCGAGUAGCACAAUAUUACUUUAUUAGAAAAUAAAAUCAAAUUUUAUUCGUUUCUAAAUAGUGUCCUUGAAAACGUUAGAUGUACAACAGACUUGUGAAAAUUUAAAUUGAUAGAUGAAAAAAUACAAAGGCAGGGAGUUCGAACCAAACACUACAUGACCAAAAGUAAAUCUCAUUUCACAAACUUGGACACUGAUAUGCAGGAUUGUUUUACCCAUCACUGCAGCAACGGUCUUCUUUUUGGGAAGGAUUUCCACUGAAGAUUUCAGCCACAAAAUCAUUAGUGUGGUCAGGCACUGAUAUUUCGUUGUGAAGGUUUUGAGAUCAAAGCUCUGUGUGGGCCAGUCAAGAAACAGGAAAGGGCCUUCUCAAAACUGUUAUCCAGAAUGCCGAUGUAUGCUAUAGCAUUAAGAUUCACCUUAAUUAGGACUAGAACUAGAAGGGACUCCAUACAAAAUACCCAGACCAUUAUCCCCCCUCCACCAAACUUUACAGCUGCCUCUGUGUUUGGUCAGGUACCGUUCUUCUGGCACCAAACACAGAUUCAUCUGCCAGAUCACUUUAGAGAGUAUGUUUUCACUGCUCCAGUGGUGGUGUGUAUGGGGAGCUUAGGUUUGUGUGCAGCUGCUCGGCCAUGGAAACCCAAUCAGUGAAGUUCCCAAUUAACAGCACUUUGCUGAUGUUGCUUUGAGGCAGUCUGAAAAUCAGUAGUUAGCGUUUCUACUGAGGACAGAUGGUUUUUGAGCACCUUCCUAUGUGUUGGUUGUGUUAUGUGAGCUUGUGUAGCCCACAGCUUACGGUGAUGAACCGUCUUAUUGGAAAAAUAGCAUCCUAUGACAGUGCCAUGUAAAAGCCACUACAACCCAUUCAACUUCCAGUGCUUGUCUAUGGAGACUGCAUAACAGUAAACUUGAUUUCAUACAGCUUUUAGCAGUGGGUGUGGAUAAGAUGUAGUGUCCACAUACUUUCGGCCACGUGGCGUAGCUACUUAAUUCAACAAUUGUGUGUAGAUGUACACAAGAUUUGUCUCCCUUCCUAAGAACAAAUGAGAGGUUCAUGAAUUGGGCUGUGUUUUAGAAAUAGAGAGCUGGUCAUAACCUGCUCUCGGAACCAGCUGUCGGAUCUUCCCAAACCCCCUGUUCCAGACACUAAGUAUAAGGUUGGAGAAGUUUCCUUAAAUUGUCCUGAGUGUGUUCUGUUAUGUAAAUAGUAACUAUAUAGAAAUGUAACAUCCUUUAUUUAAAAUAUUGGGUAUAACUGAUCCCUGAACUGGCAGCAUUUGUUGGCAUCUUCUUAUUACAAGUAAUGUCUUUUCAAGGAAACUGGAGCAGAACUUAGACUGAGUUUUAUGUUCGGAAUGGCUGAGACUGGAUACAAAGGAGAGAACGGGGUUAUGAACUUGCUUUGAAACGGAAGGUGGUUCACCUUCGUGAGGCAAAUGACCCAAAAAUGCAAAACUCUGGUAACAUUUUCUGGCAACAGGGUCAGAAUAAACUGUGAAGCCGCCUGUUCUGUGUUGAUUUAAGAAGAACUGUGUGAAAAAUAAGAAAUCGAGGACCCAGAAAAGGCCCUGCGAUGGACUGGCGACCUGUCCAGGGUGUAUCCUGCCUUCCGCCCGAUGACCGCUGGGAUAGGCUCCAGCACCCCCCACCUCCCCCCCGGCGACCCUGAGGGAGAAGCGCCUUAGAAAGUGGAUGGAUGGAUGGACCCAGAAAAGAGAAAAUGAUUCAGUGAGAAACCUGUGGACUGAACUAGAAUAAGCCAGAGGAAGGAUGCUCUCCAGUCUUAGUCUUAGUCCUUUGUUCAACCCUGUGAUAGCAGUGUGUAACGGCAUAAUGGUUCACUUGGUCACCGAAUCAUUAAUAAAGAAAACAUUUGUCAGUAAUUAUGUAUGUUUUUUACUCAUUUGCCAUCAAGCGAGGCCCUAAUUAUUCACCCGACUGUAUGUGUUGUGCUGCUGCCGGUACUGCUGUGAUGUGAAGAUUGCGGCGCUUCAUUAACGUGGUGUUUUAAGUGUUCGUUAUAAAGGGGGUCCGAGUCUCGAUGUGGCCUAUAGGGCACAUACAUAACCAACAUAAUGUUUAGUUAUCAGAAAUGUUGUAUUUAUUUAUCAUAUUCUACACAUCUGUACAUUAACGAAGUUUGUAUGUAGUGUUUAGUAGAUGCUCAAAAACGAAUACUUUUGUAUGUGGAUCAGUAGCUUUAGACCUGUUUGCAUACGAUACAGGGCUCUGCUACAGAGGAGUUUCUGGCCUCUUGUGAGCCCCUAUAGAUGCUACACUACUGCAUCGCUCCAAUAAAUUGAUUUUGUCUCUGA